AUGCAGAUUUUCAGCCUUCUCAGCCGUAAUGUCGGCGCAUUUAAGACCGUCUCUCAUUGCGAGCAAAAGAUGCAGCAAGUGGCCAUGAUUCAGGCUCGUCACUUGGCGGUUCCCGGUGGAAAGGCCGUCUUCAAGAGAGAUAAACCUCAUUUGAACGUCGGAACCAUUGGGCAUGUUGAUCACGGAAAAACCACAUUGACUUCAGCUAUCACAAAGGUUCUUGCCACCUCAAAAGGAGCCAAGUACCGUAAGUACGAGGAUAUCGACAAUGCUCCAGAAGAGAAGGCUCGUGGUAUCACAAUCAACGCAUUCCAUUUGGAAUACGAGACCGCAAAACGCCAUUAUGCUCACAUUGAUUGCCCCGGACACGCUGACUACAUCAAGAACAUGAUCACAGGAGCCGCACAAAUGGAGGGAGCUAUCCUCGUAGUUGCCGCUACCGAUGGACCAAUGCCACAGACCAAGGAGCAUUUGUUGUUGGCCAGACAAGUUGGAGUCCCACUUGAGAACAUUGUUGUGUUCAUGAACAAAGUCGACGAGGUCCCAGACGCAGAGACCCGUGAACUUGUCGAAAUGGACAUCCGUGAGCAGUUGAACGAAUUCGGAUAUCCAGGAGACACUUGCCCAGUUAUCUUUGGAUCUGCCCUCUGUGCUCUUGAGGGAAAGCAGCCAGAAAUUGGAGAGGAAGCUGUCAAGCAACUCCUUGACGUUCUCGACAACAAGUUCGUGAUUCCAGAGAGAAAAGUGAACGAGGAGCCAAUGUUCGCCGCUGAGCACGUCUACUCCAUUGUUGGACGUGGAACAGUUAUCACGGGAAAGUUGGAGAGAGGAAUUUUGAAGCGUGGUGACAAGAUCGAGAUUGUUGGAGGAACCAAGGAUGGAACCACCGUCAAAUCCACAAUUUCCGGAUUGGAAUCAUUCCGUAAGACGGUCGACCAGGCCGAGCCAGGAGAUCAAUUGGGAGUUUUGCUGAGAGGACUCGGACCAAAGGAUGUUCGUAGAGGAUGUGUUCUCCUUCCACAAGGACACAAGCACAAGGUCACCGACAAGGUGAAAGCCCAACUUUAUGUGUUGAAGGAGAGCGAAGGAGGUGCCAAAACUCCAAUCGCCAACUACUUCAGUGAGCACGUCUUCUCACUCACCUGGGACAGUGGAGCAAGCGUCCGAAUCAUUGGAAAAGACUUCGUCAUGCCAGGAGAAUCAGCUGAAGUCGAACUCUCCCUCAAUUCUCAAAUGUUCAUCGAGCCACAACAGAGAUUCACCAUCCGUAAAGGAGCCAAGACCAUCGGAACCGGAGUCUUCACCGACGUUCUCCCACCACUCUCCGCAGAAGAAAAGGAUCCAAAGUCGAAGAAGAAGUUGAUGAAGGCCGAGAUGGAACGAUUAGGAUUCAACCCAUACGGAGAAUUGGCCGAGAAGAGACUGAAGCCAGACUUCUCCAACUCUCCAAAGGACAAUCCAGCUGCCAAGGCCUUCGAAGGACAACCAUAA